AUGGCGGCGGCUGCUACUGCGCGAUUGAUUCGCGGUCCUCCGCCUUCUCCACCUCAUUCGACUGAUGGAGACCCAGCUGCUGAGUCCCAUCCAGAGUCGUAUGGCAUAUAUCAUCACCCCUCAUUGUAUAGCGGCCGCAGUGCCAGCUUAAUAGCUGAAAAAAAAAAAAAAAUUCUAUUCGCCAUAUUCUUGACUAACAGAUUUCUACUGCAGUAUGCGCCAACCAGUGAUUAUUCCCACAGUGUACCCCUGCAAAAUUCGAUGAUGCCCAAGGGCCUUCAGGUCAACACGCCACCCGCCUCUGAUGACAGCCUUGUCUCCGGGAGCCUAGAUUCCUCAGCAAGGUGGUCAUCACCCUCAUCCCAGAAGCAAAUUUCCAGUAAGGCGAGAGUAGCCAGGUCUCCAAGAGUCCGAAGGAGAGCAAAGAAAACCAAGGACAGAGGGUCAAGACCAAAUCUACCAGGUCCAUUGAGCGAAAUCACAAAACAUAUGACCCACAUUCCCAUCAGGGAUAUGGAAAGUUGGGUGCACCGCUCAAUUAGUGUCCGUCAUCAAGAAGUGGCUAAGAAGAAUGGGAAAGUCGCCAGGCCCAUGAACUCGUUUAUGCUUUAUCGCUCUGCAUAUGCAGACCGAACCAAGGAAUGGUUCGCACAAAACAACCACCAGGUGGUAUCCGAGGCGGCGGGCGAUAGUUGGAAACAGGAGCCUCGCGAAGUGCGGGAGAAGUACGAACUCCUGGCCAAUAUUGAGAAGAACAAUCACCUCCAAGCGCACCCUGGAUACAAGUUCACCCCAGCAAAGGACAAGAAAAAGCGACCAUACCCUGACGAUAACCGUUCUUUCCUUGGUGACAAGAAUACCCCCGAAUCCAGCCCAGCUUUACUCCAUGCCACCUUCAGCUCCUCGGAGAUUGACAGCAACGGGUGGGAAAGCAGUCAUUCUACCCCGUUUGAUAUGUUGGAUCACGGGCUGCCUACUGAGAACUAUCUUGCUUCUUCGUGGCCUACUAGCAACCCAGGAGGGCCCCUUUCUAGUAUGAUGCUGGCUUCUGAGCCGUCUCAGUAUAUGUAUCCCUCUUCCAGUCAGGGCCUGAUGGGAUACAGCGUGGAAGAUCCACCACAACUGAAAAAAGUUGAGCUGGAGGAGAUUCAGUACACUUCAUCGACAGCUUUGGCAGGACUGCCUGGAGCAGCACACCAUGACCUCCUCCGACCUCAGCCACAAAUUCCGAUAUCCGAAAGCUGCCCUGGUGGCCAGCUGGACCCCCAGCUGCUGGAGUACACCGGGGGAUCCUCGAAUCCCGCGAGUCAAGUCUAUGCUAGUUCUCACUAUUCUAUGUGGCAGGAGUCACCGACUAGCAACUGCUAUCUUCCUGUCACGACGUCGAUAGCGCCCAGUUCGAUUUCCUACAAUGGUGCAUCCCCCUUCCACCCUGGAAUGCAACCAUGGGAGUCGAGCCAAGAAGCUAGCCUCGACGCCAGUGGCGGCGAAUUCGACAACUGGAUCAACUAACAUUCCGCUGAAUAUUAACAACAGCAUUUCUCUCUCGAAUGCUUGUGAUUACGAUGAUGAAAGUCAUGAACCAAACGCAGCCACUUUUGGGUGGUACAUAAGUUGUCUUUUUUUUUGUUUUUUUGUUUUUUCUUUUUGUUUUUUUGAUUUUGGGCCGGGCCUCUGUUUAAAAAAAACCCUUGUGACUGGAGUUUUCAAGGUGCAAGAAUCUAGCAUGAUGGGAAUUUGGGCGGCAUUUCGUCUCUUGUCUGAAGGUUUAGUGUACGGAACUCCUUUCUCAAUUUGAUAUUUCUGUUUUCUCGCGUUAUUACCCUGUGGCUUGUUCAUUUAGGCGGAUGUCUGUUUGGGUUAAUUUUCAUUUUGUUUGAUAACCCUCGAGGUUUCACCGCAUAGAAUUUCAUCUAUUUCUACAUUGUAACCUAC